GGCGACUCCCAACUAGAUGACAAGACCAUUUUGUGAAGGUCGUGUGCUGGGACUACAAUUAUUCCAGGCUGGGAGAAUUGUGUCUCCCAAUGUUACACCACAGAACAAAGGGGCACGGAACUCAGAAAGUCUCUUGGCACCUUUAAGAUAAAUACCAACGAGAUAUCUCUUUGGUAAAAUUCUUUGCCAGGAAACACAACUCUCCUCCUUUAACUUAUAUCGAUCGCCAACGAUUACCAUCAACAUGUCUACCGCCCCUGCACAAAAUAAAAGCCAGCCUUUGAAAUACACUGUCACCCAUCACCGCAAGCCGGAGCAUACCCAUGAGGAAUUUAUCAAGUGGAUUGUCGAGGAGCAUAUUCCGCUUGCUGUGCCACUUUUCAAGAAGUAUGGCGUUACCAGAUACUCACUCUUCGUCACACCGGCUGCUCCCAACGAUCAAAUGAAGCAGGUGCUUGGACAAUUUCGACCAACCUGGGAGUAUGCCGAUUUUGAUUGUUUCAUUGAAUACUUGCUUCCUGAUUUGGAGUCUGUCACGAAGCUCUUGACUGAUCCGGACUGGCCUGCAGCCAUCAAGAAUCAAGAUGAUUGGGUCGACAUGUCAAGAGCCCUGGUCUCGGUUGGUUACGAGACUCCAUAUUUGCUAGAUGGUGAGAUCGUAAAUUUGGCAAAAUAAUUAGUACAAUGAUGCUUGGAGGCGAUAGGAUGAAGGAAAUUAGGGGUUAAGUAUGGAAAGAACCAGUAGCUAGCAUCUCAGAAUGGAAUAUCUUCAUGCCGAGACAAAAACAAUCUUUUGCACAGUGAAUAUGUCUGCUCCA